GGCAAUGACGUAAAUGCCGGAAAUGACCCGGAUCGAAACUUUAACCGUGGGCAGAUUACUUUGAUUAGAAACAUCGAAGAAAUACUGAAAUGUCUUCUUGUUUUAUGUGGACACAUAUGUCAGGGCCCAGUACACCUCCUUGGAUUUGAGUUGACUACACAUUAGGAGGUUUAAAUCCCAAUCAUCAUUUGGCAGAGAGGAAGACUCGUCGGUUUCUGUGGUCUUUGGUGCUGGGCAGGUUUCUGGCCGUGAAACAACGGCAGGAUGACGUGCCGUGACCGGACCCUUGAAUUUCAGUCGGCCUGUAAAUCCCUCCAAGGCAGACAGAAUGGAGUCCAACCAAGUAAACCAGCCCUGUCUGCCCUCAGGCAGCGCAGUGACUUCACGGUCAUGGCAAAGAGAAUUGGAAAAGACCUGAGUAAUACAUUUGCCAAACUGGAAAAACUCACUAUUUUGGCAAAAAGAAAAUCUCUGUUUGAUGACAAAGCAGUUGAGAUUGAAGAGUUAACAUAUAUUAUCAAACAAGAUAUCAACAGUUUGAAUAAACAGAUAGCACAGCUACAGGACUUGGUGCGGUCUCGAGGAGCUCCAGGAGGGCGACAUAUCCAAACACACUCUAAUACUAUUGUCGUGUCGUUACAGUCCAAACUUGCAUCAAUGUCAAAUGACUUCAAAUCGGUCCUUGAGGUCAGGACAGAGAACCUGAAGCAGCAGCGCAGCAGGAGAGAGCAGUUCUCUCAGCCCCCCGUGUCCUCCUCUCCUCUGAUGGCCAACAACUUCAGGAGCCGCAAAAAAGGGGCCCAGGAGCCGCAUGCUGCUCGCGAGCCGCGCUAUGACUACCAGGGCAAUACAACCUCAAAAGAGAGUUCAGUGUUGAUGCAGGAUGAGUCCAGAAGUCUCGGGGAUGUGGCCAUUGAUAUGGACUCACAAACCAACCCACUACAGCUGCAGCUCAUUGAUGAGCAGGACUCCUACAUCCAGAGCCGUGCUGACACCAUGCAGAACAUCGAGAGCACAAUUGUGGAGCUGGGCUCCAUAUUUCAGCAGCUCGCGCACAUGGUAAAGGAGCAGGAGGAAACCAUCCAAAGGAUUGAUGCUAAUGUUGAAGACACCCAGCUGAACGUGGAGGCAGCGCACACAGAAAUCCUUAAAUACUUCCAGUCUGUUUCCUCCAAUCGUUGGCUCAUGAUUAAGAUCUUUCUGGUCCUCAUCGUCUUCUUCAUCAUCUUUGUGGUCUUCUUUGCUUAAAGAAUAAAAGGCUCAAAUUAAACUGGACUUGAAAACAUGAUUGGAAAAUAUUUGAAGGAGACUUUUCUCAAGUUGUUGACUUUUGGGACCAAUCGCAAAUGAAUCGACUGGUGUUGCCAAGUGAUAGACUUUUAUCAACCAGCGAGAAAAAAAGAACUUCAACACCCAACUGCAAAAUUGUAUAUUUACAGAAAUUGAGCCGGUGUUGUGUUAAAUAUGGACACUUUAAUUUAAUGGUUUGAUUCUCCAAACUGUCUUUUGUUUAGUUUUUUUUUUCCUUCCCUGAAACUGAAUUGCAAUUAUUUCUAUUUUCAAAGCCAAAUAACUGUGGAGUUUAUUCUUAGCUCAUACCUUCCUUCGGAAGUACUUAACCUCUUUCAUUUUAGAACAUGCCUGCUAAGUUAAUUUUUUGUUUUGAUUUCACUUUAUUUGCCAAAUGGGAACUAUUGAAAACUGUGACCUGUUGGACAUUUUAGCUGUGAACCUACUUUGAGGAUCACUGGUUGAAGUAUCCGAAAGUACAUACUAGUUGUACAAAAUCUAUUUUAAACAAAAACUUUCUUGAUUUUUUUUUUUCUUUUUUUUUUUUUUUUGUGGCCUGAAGGACCUUGUUUUGGACCAGUGUUUGAUGAGAGAACUAAUGAAGGGGUUUCACUGAUAAAGACUUUCAUAGUGACAUCAUCAGCUGGAUUCCCUGGAGGUCACUGUUUAGAAGUCUACUGGAAUUUAUUUUAAAAAAAGGACAUAGCUUUUACAGUUUUCUCAUUUAAAUUUUUAGCCAAAUGCCUUGAUAUAAAUGUAUACAUUGCAAAUUGAUAAAUGAUGUAUUGAUAAGAAAAAGCAUAUUAAUAAAAGAAUAAUGGGAUACUGGCAUUGAGAGAUUGUCU